AUGACCCGCCGACAGAACAGGGAGAAGGCUAGCCUCGUAGAUGCAAAGAUUCUGGACGUCCUUCACUCAACACUGGGCGUCAACCACCGCACCCAUCGCGUCCGUGCCUCCAUUCUGGAAAGGCAACUCCCUAGAAUCUACAGCCGCCGGCUAAUCCUGCGGCUUUUCAGCGAGAAAGGGAUCAAGAUGAUCGUCAGGUUCUCGGAGCAAAUUCUCAUCGGCCGCGCUGUGUGCAGCACAAGGAGUGGACGGCAAGUGAAAAUAAUCAUUUUUUUGGAUAUCAUCACACAGGAUCUGCAGAUCGGUCUCCGGGUCCGCAGCCGACACUCUGUUUUUGAUGGGAUCCAGAUUUUUCAUAGAACCACGAGUGUGGAAAACAAAGGGCCCAAGGACGUCCACUUUCAAGUGCUAGCUUCAUUGUUACUUGGCAAUUUGAAUCGUGGGACCAAAGAAGGGUGGCAUGACUACGAAAUUGUCAUUGCGAACAACAACAGCUUCAAAAAAGUUCAGUGGCAGAGUUUCAAUUUUUCUGACAUUGGAAUGGAUGAAGUUGGAGAAAGCGACUUUGAAAGGCCGAGGAAACGGGCUGCCGUGGUGAAAUCCAACAUCGGAACCUUUUCCACAAACGGCUGGCUGCCGAUGGGAGCACUUACCCGGAAAAGUAGCUGGCAGAUCGAACAUAGUGGCGCGUGGCAAUGGGAGCUCGGUAUCCGUAACAUUGUUCAUGGACUCUAUCUAGACGCGGGUGGUCCCACGGACCAGAAUCAUCAAUGGACCCAAAUUCUGCAACCCGGGGAGGAAUUCACCAGUGUGACCACAGUUCUUGCGGUUGUGGCAGGAGACGCCGAAUCUGCGUUUGUUCUCUUCACUCAGUACCGAGGACGCAUCCGCCGACGUCUUGAAUAA